AUAAUAUACAUGAUUUAGCAAAAGGAAACUAAACCAAGCUUAAUAAAAUCAAUCUAACUAAACCAGAAUUAAACCAGACCGGUAUAUCCAAUAAGGUAGACAACAGAAAACGAAAACCGGAAAACAGAUUCAUCUUCUUCCCAAAAUAUAAAAAAGAGAAACAAACUUGUAUAAGGUCCAGAGAAAAAGCAAUAAAGAGCAGAUUGAAUGGCAAGAACCAACAACAAAUACAACUACAGCCACAUCCUUCAAAGAGAUCCUUCUUCUUCUCCUUCCCCUGCUUCUUACUCCUCCGUUGCUCGUUCCAAUGGCCGUAUGCUCGUCCUCACCAAACCUUCUCCCAAGCCCUUGAAAUCUUCCACCACUACGCCUCCUACCCCAUCUCCACCUCCCAAGACUCCGGAUCAAGCAACCUCUGAUCCAGAUCCGAACCAGAUCUCUCUGCGUCCUUUAGGACAUACAGGACCUGCUUCCUCUCUUUCAUUUCCAGCUCGGGCCUUGGACUCUGACAAACACGUAACUGCUCCUGCUCCUGUGUCUGGUUCACUGAAACCUGACAAGUUUGUUCCUCCGCAUCUUAGACCAGGUUUUGUCCGAAAAGACGAGAAACCUGGUCUCGACUCUAUAGAUCCGAGUCAGAGAUUGCCUCACCAGGAACAACCUCGGCAGGGGUAUGGACAGACCGGGCGACCUAAAUCUGGCGGGUAUGAGAGGCUUCGUUCCGAUCCAGAUUACUUAGGUCGGCCAAGAUCGAGCGGGAAACGACCCGGUACCUCCGGAUGAUGGCUUGCUGUGUUGAUGUGCAGUUACUCACUCGAUGAUGGAGAUGGAAACGACCUCUGCUUCCGUGUUAGCAUCCCAUUCUCAAGGAGGAGGAUUUAAAACAGUGACUUUUUAGUUUCUCAUUACUUUGAUCAUAGAUUAAGAUUCAGUAGGUUUGUAGAAGAUGUUGUUUGGGAGGAGGCUGAUACAAUAUAGCACUUCUGUUACUUCUCUCACAACCUACACUAUGUUUCACAACUUUGUUUAUGUACCUAUAAUUCUAUCUAGCACGUGUUGUUUAUUAGAUUUUAAUCGCUUGAUUCUAUUCAGAUUUAGUAUGUUUGGUUUUUCUUCAGAACACAUUAACCUGUGAUUUAGUCCAGUGGAUUUGUAUCGAACUUUCAGCAUCUGAGUUCAGGUUGUAGUGUUGUACAAAUGACUAUCCACUUGAUCCAACGUUCA